AUGGCGCGAUCGUGCGCGGCGUCGACGAGCGCGACGUGCGCGCGCGUCGCACGCGCGGGCGCGUCGAGCGGGAGACACCGAAGCGCGAGAGGCGCGUCGAGUUCGGCGUCCGCGGGAGCGCGAGGGAGCGCGACGACGAACGCGACGCCGGGGAAGUCGCGAUUGGUUUUUUUAGGAACCCCGGAGUGCGCGAGCGAGGUGUUGGGGAAGGUUUUGGACGCCGCUGAGGCGGAGAGCGCGACGUUCGAGGUGUGCGCGGUGGUCUCGCAGCCGGGACGGCCGCGAGGAAGAGGGCGGAAGAGCGACGUGCCGCCGCCGUCGCCGGUGGCGGAGUUAGCGCUCAAGCGCGGGAUGGCGGAAGAUCGCGUGCUGUGCCCGGAGAAGGCGAACGAGGAGUGGUUUUUAGACGCCCUGCGCGCGCUCGACGUCGAUGUGAUGGUCACGGCGGCGUACGGCAACUUUUUGCCGCAAAAGUUUCUCGACAUUCCAAAGUUUGGGACUUUGAAUAUUCAUCCGAGUCUGUUGCCGCAAUGGCGCGGCGCGGCGCCGGUGCAGCGCGCGUUGGAGAGCGGACAGAGCGAGACGGGCGUGUCGGUGGCGUACACGGUGCUCAAGAUGGACGCGGGUCCGGUUCUGCGACAAAUCACUCGUCCACUCAAGGGCGACGAGAAGGCACCGGAGCUCCUAACCGAACUCUUUGAGACGGGUGUAAACGCACUAUUGGAGGAGCUUCCGUCCGUGUUCGCGGGCGAGGCGGCGGCGCGUGCCGUUCCUCAAGAUGAGGCGACGCUCAGCCAUGCUGCGAAAGUCAGCCCGGAAGAAGGAGAGUUGAACUUCGCCAAGCAAUCCGCGAUUGAGUGCCACAACAAAGUGCGCGCCUUUGCCGGGUGGCCGGGAACGAAGGCGACUCUGAAGGUCAAGGCGAACGGAGAAGAAGAGGCCAAGGAAGUGGUGCUCAAAAUCGCCACCACGCGCGUCUCAGAGGAAGGCGAUGCAAAGGCUGCGAACGGAGAAGUGGAAGUGUCGAAAAAAGUACUUCGCGUGCCUUGUGGAGGAGGAGGAUGGUUGGAAUUGCUCGAGGUCCAGCCGCCGGGUAAGAAGGUGAUGCCCACAGGCGCGUUCAUCAACGGUAUCAAGGGCUCCAAGGUCUACAUUUAA